UUUAACACUGCUAUUUUAUUUAUUAUAUCACCCGAGAAUCUAAUGAAGUUGUUAGCUAAGAUUAUCUAAAAAAGCUUAGUAUAAAAAGAAAAAGGGUUCUAAAGGUCAGCAAGAAGAAGAAGAAAACACAAAAGCAUAAGAUUCUUUCUCUCUGGUUUUUGGUUCUUAAUUUGCAAGCUAUUCUUGGUUUGAGUUUUUUCUUUAGGGGGAAAAACAAAUGGGGAGAGGUAGGGUUGAGUUGAAGAGAAUAGAGAACAAGAUAAACAGGCAAGUCACUUUUGCUAAGAGAAGAAAUGGGCUUUUGAAGAAAGCUUACGAGCUUUCUGUUCUUUGCGAUGUCGAGGUUGCUCUCAUCAUCUUCUCCAAUAGAGGAAAGCUGUACGAGUUCUGCAGCAGUUCAAGCAUGAUGAAGACACUGAAGAAGUACCAGAAGUGCAACUACGGUGCUCCGGAGACAAAUGUGUCAGCUAGGGAGGCUCUGGAGUUUAGCAGUCAGCAAGAAUAUUUGAACCUUAAAAUCCGUUAUGAAGCCCUACAAAAGUCCCAAAGGAAUUUGCUGGGAGAAGAUCUGGCUCCUUUAAGCAGCAAAGAACUUGAGUCCCUUGAGAAACAACUUGAUUCUUCUUUGAAGCAGAUCAGAUCAACGAGGACCCAAUAUAUGCUGGGGCAGCUAGCUGAUCUCCGACGGAAGGAGCAACUACUUAAUGAAGCCAAUGAGAACCUGAAACAAAGGUUGAUCGAAAUCUACCAAAUAGAUUCACUCCAGUUGAAUCCGAGUGCAGAGGAUGUCGGCUACGGCCGACAAUCUGCUCAUCACCAUCCUCAUGAUGACGGCUUCUUUCAACCAUUGGAGUGUGGACCAACAUUACAAAUUGGGUACCCGCCCGAUUCGAUAUCAGUUGUCAAUGCGGGUCCCAGUGUGAAUAACUACAUGGCGGGAUGGCUACCUUGACAAAUUACACUAGAAUAAGAAAGCAUGCAUGCACGCAAGCAAACUGCGUUCACUCAUAAGAGAAUCAGCACAAUUUGACCAUCUGUUUGAAUGCUACUUUGAUGAAACAGAACAGCAAUUGUAAUGCCACGGAUUUUAGUAUCAUUACUGUUAUAACUUUGUGUCCUUUAAUUAGGAGGAUGAACUGUAAGUAAACUC